AUGGAAACCGCCGGGGCCGGGCGCCUGCCCCAGCCCGGGGGAGCGAAGGGGGGCCGCCCCCGCCGACGUGGCAGCCGCUGCCCGAGCCUCGGCGGGGCUGAGCCGGUGGGAGCCCCCCCCCCCCCCCCGCCUGCAGCCGUACGAACGAGGGGACCCCCGGGCGCAGCCCCCCGGGCUGCUGUCGCCAGGAUCCCCCCGCACGCACAGAGAGGCGCCCGGACCCCGGCGCGGCCCCGGCCCCUGCAGCGCCCCGGCUGCGCCGUGGGAGCGGGGCGGGGGGGGGGGGCGGUUGCCACGCCCAGCCCCGGUGUGCUGCAGCCCCUCGCAGCCGCCGGGGUGUUCAGCCCUCCCCCCGGAGAUUCCCCAGAACCCCCCCGGCAGCCCGGGCACGCCGGGAUCCCCGGCCCCCGCAGCCGGGCCGUGCUGCACACUGGCUGCGAGCUCUGCGUGCACACGCGUGUGCAAGGGCCCGCGGACACGGACAUCCAGAGGGCACCCAUGGGUGCCCCAGCCUUGGCGGGUGCCCUCGAGCCGGGUGGUGGGGGCACCGUCUGCAGCCCCACGCGGGGGCCUGGCUUCGCCCCCACCCGGGACCCCGCUGCGGCAGACGCCGUGUUCCCAACUCGUGCCAGGGACACGCGGCAGCACGUCGCCCACCCGGCGUCUGGCACCGCCGCGCCAGCCCCGUCUCUCGCCCGCAGCCAGCGCCGGGUGCAGCCGGAGGGAUUCCAGGGGGCUGCGGGGCUGGGGCUUCGUGAUGUUCCCCACGCCAUGAGGGGCUGGAGGGGGCCACGGGGGUCCCACGGCCACGGGGGUCAAGGCACCUCGCGGGUCACGGCACACGCGGGGCUCACACGCGUGUUUGCAGGCUGGCGGGGUGCGGGCAGGCGCUGCGGGGAGCCCGGCCGGUCCGAGCGCAGCCCUGACGCGGAGCUGCCGGGGAGGUGCCCGAAGUUUUAUCCCGCACCGCCCGGGGUGGAGCCUGGCGGGGGCAGGGACCGGUCUGGCCUCGGCAACGGCCCCGGCAACGGCCACGGCCCCUGCCCCGGCGACAAUGCCCUGGCACACCAAGACACAAAGCAGCCGGAGGGGGAGAUCUGGCGGCCGGUCCGCAGUGGGGAGACCCGACCCGCACCCCCUCCCUUCCCGGCUCCCCGCGCUCCCCCGCGGCCGCAGUUCCUGUUUACGGUGAUGGAGCCGCCUGCCCGGCCCUCCCGACACCGGGGAGGGGGGGGCAACCGGAGCACCGCUGGUGCUGCUGCCUCUCCCGCGCCUGGCACCGGCGCUGAUGGGUUCCCGGCCGGGCGCUGUGCGGGAUCGCCCCACGGAUGCAAGACCGCGGCCCGUUCUGGGAACAGCAGCAGGAAAUCCCGAGCGGGAAAAGAGCCGGACCCCGCGUGGCAUCGGCACGGAGCCUUCAGCUCCAUCGGAGUCCGUGGCCACCCGGGCCGGUGCCGGCCCGCGGGAGGCAGCCCUGCCCAGAACCCACCCACUCACAUCCGCAGGCGGCUGCAGCACCUCACACCUGCCCCUGUCGGAGGGUUCCUGCUCACAGGAGGUGCUGCCCCUCCCAGAAGCCUGCAGGAGCUGGGGGAGGCAUUCUGCAGCCCCCUGGCAGGACCGUGCACCUUUGGGGCGCCCUACCUGGGACACAGGGGCUGCAGCCAGCCGGGGUCGGGGCCGCGGCCCAUCUGCCAAGACAGGAUGUGGGGCCGGACGGGGGACACAAUGUGGGGAAGUGAGAAGGGGACAGCAGGGACGGGGACAUCCCGUCGGCGCAAGCGGGCUCACAGCCCCUCCAGAGCUGCCGGGCACCCGGAGCUCCGACUCCUGCAGGUCCCCUGCGCGCCCCCAGCUCCCCUGGUGCUCCCUCCCGCCUCCCGCACCUGCCUGGCCCGGGGGGCCCUGCCUGCAGCGGCCUGUCCGCGGGCGGCCGAGACGCGAAGGAGCUGGUUGGGCCGGGCAGGUGUCGGGUGGGAGCGGGGUCCGCUCAGCCCACACAGGUGUGGCCGCGCCGGCUGCGGCAGCAAAGCUCCGCGCCCGGCUGGCCCCGUCUUGCUGGGUGGCAGGAGCCUCCCGCGCCGCUCGCAGCCCGGGGCGGCCGGGCACACCCCGUCAUUACCCCAGCUGCCGGCGCUGCCCGGGCAGGGAGGGGGCGGCAGGGCCGGCACGGCCCGCUGGCGACGAGGACGGCGCGAAGGCAUUGCCCACCCGCGCCUGGCCCUCCCCUGCCGCGGGAUCGCGACCCCUCCCUGCGAGGGACCCUGCGGGGACACCCCCGCGCCCCAUCCGUGGCCCUGA